GAGGUCACGUGACAUUGUUGUCUUAUUAGUGUCAUGGCGGACGUAAUGGCCGACUUGGUGAUAUUGACGAAGUGCUUACGUUUACUUCGUUAUUAACAUUAUUUUUUAAGUAUAAGCGAUUGCCAGAAUACAUGCUUCACUAAUGGUUAUUAGUGUAUCAGGAAAAAUGCAAUUCGAACUUUCGAAAGAAAGGCAAGUAAGAAAAAAGAAAGUUCGAACUUGGACAGAAGCGGCGAAGCUCGCACUGGAACUCUACCCUAAAACUCCAAUGGGUCAUAAAGAUAUAUUUAAUAUUAUCCGGGCGAAGGGAUUAAAAGACGUUAGUGGGCCAGCAUCCUUGGCAUGUUUGAAUGCAAUGCUUCAUGUCCAUUCUAGAGGUCCAGAAGCCAUGUUUUAUAGGGUUGAUGGCUGUACUAGUGUCUUUGGAUUGGCAAGUAAUAUUCCUGAAGGGGGUAUAAAAAUGGAAGUUGAUGAAGAUGAAAGUGGACAAGAUUUUGAUCCUGGUGAUUCAGAUCAAGAUUCAGGGGCCUCUUUAUCACCUGGAAGGAAAAAAGAUCGAGUUCUUUAUGUACGACUACCUCCUGGUUAUAAGAAUUUAACUGCUCUGAACAAUAAUUCUAUAUGCAAUCAUCAAACAGAUGAAUCUCUCCUUCAUAAAGCUGACCAGCUUACAGUCAAACCUCUUACUUACAAAAAUGAAUAUUAUACACGAGUGAGAAGAAUAAAUGGUGAAAAUUUAGAAGAUCCUAAGAAAGAAAAGUGCAAUCAAUCCUCAGUUGCAAAUCUACCCGUUUCCUCACCUUCAAAGGUUUCACAAAGUCAUAGUCAAAGGGCAAUAAAGCAUGCACUAAGACAACAGCAGAAGAGGAGACGAAGAAAUACAGCCAUCGCUGCUAGUGGCAAUGCACCUCCUCCUAUUCCUCGCAUCAUCAUGAAGUCCUUGCCACCUGCUCCUGCAGGAGCUGGUUGUGUCCCAGAAGAGAGGUGGCGCUGUUCAUUAGAGAAAACUUCACUUCGAGAAAGUACUAGACAUAAACCUCAAACAAUGCGAGAACUUCUUGCUUCUAUACCUGGUCUGAGUUUCAAGCCAAGGAAAAGAUCUAACAGGAAACUUAGCACAGCUGCUCAGAUUGCUCAAACUAAAAAAGGAUGUAUUAAUAUUGAAACGCCUGAUUCCAUAUUAGUGAAUACCAAUUUAAGGGCACUUUUAAAUAAACAUACAUUUGCAUCGUUACCUCCUGUGUAUCAAUAUCGAUUGGUUCAAUUAUUACCUCACGCUGACAGAAUAAUAGGAUCUGAUUAUUCUGUCAGACUUACUGCAACUGCUUUGAGCAAUGAAUUUUUUGCUAGAGCAUGUCAGGAAUGGAAGCGGCGUCUUCAAGAAGGAGAAUUUACUCCAGAAAACCAGAUGAAAUUAAAAGGUGAAGCUGAGCGUGAUCACAGCAAGCUUGAUCCUUGGAAGAUUCACAAUUUUGAGCCUGUAUGGGGUUAUAAUUCUAUGUCUGAGUUUCCAGAUCAAAACAAAUCUUCUCCAUUUCUGAUAAAUUCCCAGUUAAAGUCGUCUUUGAACACCCAAACCAAACAUGUGCCAACUAUAAAAAUUAAACCAGUAGUUCGGAAGAGUCGACUAAAUUCUAGUUUGUCUAAACAUAGGCAUCUACCAGAUCAAGAUUCGCCUUCACAUUCAGAUGAAAAUCAUCCUUCUGUGGAUUCACCUCUUUAUAAUGAAGCUUCAGAUAUUGAUACCUCAAUCAUUGAAGAAAGCAGUGAAAAUCUAUAUGAUCCACCAAGUAAAAAACUGAAGGUUUCAGAAACAAUAUCCUCAAAUUCUUCUGAAUCACCAGAAUCAUCUGAAGAAUCCCUUCAGACCAUUACUCAACACUCUCCUUGUCCAUCUCCUUGUCCCUCAUCAGUCACAUCAAUGCCUUCACCUUCUCAUUCAAUUGAAGAAAUUGACUCUCCUAGAGAGACUUUUUGUGCAGAUUCGUCUGUCAUUCCUAUUUCACUCUCUGUAACAGUAGUUCAAACAACUGCACCUAGCCAAAGCUUAGUUCCUCCAAUUACUAUUCGCUCAAUUCCUGUGAUUAGAUCUGGUAGUGGUAAAAAGAACUCUGGACGUAGUGAUGGAAGUGCAAAUUUAGAACGUUCUUAUCAAAUAUGUAAAGAGUCAAAUAAUAAGAAAGAGCCUGCUACUGCAGUCACUGAAGCUGCAGCUGAACUUCAAGCAUGUGAUGCGGCAUCUAUGGUAACUUCAUCAGUUACUACAUCAGGCAUAUCAAUGCUAAAUGAGCCAGCCAGUGAUUCGUCAACAGAAAAUUCUGUUGUUAAACCAGACACUCCAAAUGUGGAAUCUAAUAAUGUAAAUAUGCACGAGGUUCCAUCUUCUUCAAAUCAGUUGCUGCUAACAACAUGCCUACCCACUACUGUUCCUACCUUUGCGCUUAACUCUGUUUCCUCCACCAUUAACUUGCUAGAAACCUCUAACACCUGCUCUAAUGCUGAAGUCUCCUCCCUAGAAUCCUUGGGAGAGAAUCCCGAAAGUGAUAAAAUGGAAGAGGCAGAAACGCAAUUCAAUUUGAAUCUCCCCGUACGCAUGGCAGCCGACUCUACAAGUGUCGAGGAGCCUGAAGCCUUUUUAGUUGAAUCUCCCCUACCAGCAGAAUUGGCUGAUGCUUCACCAUCUCUUGUUGCAUCUCCUGCUCCAUCCUCGGAAGAUCUCAAGGACACAUCUCCUGUUGAGGAAGAUACUACUGUGGAAGAUCCAGAAUCCAGCAGCUCGAUGAAUAUUACUUGUCCAGAUUAUUCUCCUCUUGUCAAAGAUGAAACUUCUGAUGAUAGCAAUGAGAAUUCUGCCACUCCUUCAGAGCAUGUUACCUCUCGGGAUUCUGCCUCCUUUAAUUCUAAUUGUGAAAUUACAGAAACUAAUGUAGUCUCCAGCUCGUUACAAAAAGAUACGAGUUGUUUACCUUCCGAUUGUCUUGAUUCCGAUUCAUCAAGCUUGCAGCAAUCCUUUAAUAAUUCUCAAGUGGUUGAUGAAGACAGCACCAUCAUCUUGAGUUUACCAUCCAGUGAGGUUGAAAAUGUAAUACCUGAUGACCUAACAGUCACUGAGGAGAGCAUACCAGAAAAGGAAAUUCUCAUUGAUGAUGGUAACAGUAAUUCCUCUACUGCUGACAAUUCAAGUAUUUCCUGUGCUGUGUCCCAACCAUCCCCAACUGAAAGUAAAGAUGCAAGCUUUGAUAUUGAAAGUGCCCAGGAAAAAGCUAAUGAAGAACUUCCAAGCACAGAAACUGAAACUGAACCUUCACCAUCUUCAUGUGAUAAAACACAGUGUGAAGAAAUAUCUACUUAUAGUGCUGAACCAUAUUCUAACGAGAGUGUAGAGAAACACUUUGAUCCACCAUCUCGUCCUCUUAGUGCUCCUUCAAACUUUACUCCUGUGCACGUUAGUUCUUCUGUGGAAGUCAGUUCACUGAAAAGACCAGCGAGUUGUCAAUCAUAUUACCGAAGUUCUAAAGUUACACCUAUAGUAUAUUUUGAUUCUCCCGAGAGUGAUGACGCUAAGUCAGACUGUGAGAAGGGAGAAAGUGUGCCUACCUCAUCACCUUCGAGUUCUGAUAGUGUGGUACCGUUUGUAUCUUCCCUGUGCAAUGAAGAAAGCAGCAACUCUUCUGCAAAAACUGAACAUUUAGUUGCAGAAAGAUUAUCAAACUCUGAAAAUCAGUCACCACAGCCUGCUGUCAACAAAGAUUUACCGAGUGAUAAAACUGUAUCGUUAACUACAGGCUGUCCAAGAAAUUCGCCAAUAGCUCGAGCAGCUUCAACUCCGUCUAGUGCUCUAUCUAUGCAAUCUCCAACUCCUAUUAAUCGUCCAUUAUCAAACCCUAUUCCUGAAACUAGCUUGCCCCAUCCACUGAAUAAACAGUGUAACUCGGAUUAUCAGAACUAUCCUCCAGUCACAAAUCAUCUUUCUCUACCAGAAGGAUGUACUGGGGGAUCAGGUGGCAGUCUGCCAAGUCAAGCUGUUUCAGUUGUGCCAGCCACAACACAGCUCCCAAUUGCUUCAGGUGGUGUCAUGUUCCCAUCUGCUAAUGGACUUGCCAGUACGGUUGGUACACCGACUGGCGAUACCCCUCCUCGUUCUUUACUGCAGUCAAGUCCAGUUAUCAAUGGUGCAUCAUCUGGCAUUGAGGGAGCUGUCACAAGUACUGGAGGAGACAGUGGCGGUAGUAGUGGAAGUGGUUCUACAGGUAAUGACAAUAACUGUGCUUGUAAUCUCAAAGCCAUGGUCAUGUGUCUUAAGUGUGGAGCUUUCUGCCACGAUGACUGUAUUGGGCCAUCUCGUCUGUGUGUCACAUGUCUGAUACGGUGACCAUGAAUCACAGGCUUGAUCAUGACCUCUUAUUGUAAAUAUAUUAACAGAACGAAAUUUUGCUUCAGAUAAGUUUUAUUUACUGAUGUCAAUUUUUAUUUUCAGUUGUACCUAUUCAUCAUCUGUUUAUAGUGUUAGAUUUCAGCUUUGUAUAAAAAUAUAUUAUGUGUGCUUGCGUGAUAUAAAAGAUUUCAUUAAUCAUUUAUAGAUGUCAUAUAAAAUGCAAGUUAAAUAAUGUUAUAAGCAUUUAAAUCUAUUCUAAAUUUUUUUAUCAGUCCUUUCAACAGGAAACUGGCAUGUUGUGUAUAUCUAUGAUAUUAGUUACCCAAAGAAUUUUAUCAAUAUUGAAUUGUAUUUACAUUUGCCUCAAUAACAUUGUUCUUAGUUUAAAAUUGUUAACUAUUUGAAAGAAGUUACCAAAAGUUAAUGUAUUCUGAUCAAAGGAAUGCAAUGCAAAUCAGUAUAGUUAUAUAACUUUAUGUCACAUUAAUUAAUUAAUGAUUAUGCCAUUUCAUAAUUACUUUCCUGUGAUUUUUUUCAGAAAAGUAAUUGAUAGAAUUUCUCUUUAGUAAAUUAUUACAUAUUAAUUUCUCCUUGAAACCAUUUAGUACUUAAAUGUUAUUUAUAUUUUUACAUGUAUGAUUUUAUCUAUAAUAUUUCAGUUUCAUUUAUUUUUAAUUAGAAAAUUGAAGAUUAAUUCUGAAGUAUAUAGUAUUUUUGUUAAAAAGCAAACAAGUUGGACAGAAUUUAAAAGGCAUUUUCGAAUACUUUAACCACAUAUAAAAGUUUUUCAAAUUUUAUAGAUGUAUAUUAGUUUCAGUGAUAAUUAAAAUAUAAAUUAAUAGAGGGAUGCCAAGGUUUUGUAUUUCGAUUCUGGUUUGUUUCAAGAAAGCUCAUCUUUUGGAAUUAAUGUGACUCAUUAGUAAAAUAUUUGACAAUAUAAUUUUUAAAAGUUAAACAAGCAUCAUAUAUAGAUCUUUGACAAAAAUUGUUGCCAUUUUCUAAUGUUAAAUGUUAAAGAACAUAAAAUACAGUUUGCAGUAUAAUAAUUAAAAUAAUCAGUUAUAGAAUUUUGCAACUUUAAAAACAUAAUCAGAAUUUUUUUUUCAUUCAUAAUCUAUGAAUUUUCAGAAUUUGGAUCAUAUGUAUAAGCUUUUAUCACUGUUUGUUUACUGAUAAUUAAAGUAUUAUUUAUUAAUUUUCAAGAAAUGAGAUUUUGGACUAUUUAAAAGAAUUUAAUUAACAGUAAUGAGUGGAGAAUUCAAAUCAUAACUUGGAUGUUGCUAUACAGGAAGAUAUUUUCAUUUUAAAAUUUAACAGAUCGUCAUUAUUUAUGUCCCUUUUCAAUAUAGCAUGAGGUUAAGUAAUUGUAUUUGAUAUGAAUGAUUUAGAAAAUUAAAACACAUCUCUGACAUUUCUAAAAAAGUUUUUUUCCCGCUGCAAAAAUUGAUAUGUUGAAAGAUUAAAGAUUAAUAUGUUGAAAAUUGGUAUGCAAAUGCCUCUUAAAUUUUUGAUCUUGUUGCAUUGUAUCUCAUUCUGCAUAUAUAUAUAAAAAAAAUUUCACCUUAAAAAAAGUUGGCAAGAGAUUGUUGCAUAUUUCUCAUACAUUAGCAGUUUUAUAUUGCAUUGAAGAUAUAUUUUCAUAUACAUUGUGAGAAAUAUUAUUAUAGUAUUUUUAUUUUUGGCUGAAAUUCCUGCUGCUUUUUGGCAUUUUGUUACUUUACUAUGUUUUGAGAUAAUCAUAAAUUAGCACUCGUUCUUUGUCUUUUCCUAUUAUGUAUGAAUUUAGUGCAAAAAGCAUUUAAAAAAAUUUAUUCUAAAAAUGAAAAUAUUUCAGUUUUAUUAAAUGGUUUUCAUUCUGCGAGAAUUUAAAUUCAAGAGCUUCCCCAUGAGAUGCAUAUUCAUUAAUCAUAGAUGUGACAGUGAAUUUGUUUCCUCUAUACUUGGUUAUAGUUCACAAUCAUAGUAUUAAAGCUGUUAAGUUCUCUAUCAUAGUAUUAAGCUGUUAAUUUUUUAAAAUAAAAAUAUAAGCUUCUGCAAUUUAUGAUCUUACUUUGUAUGUUCGUUGAUUGCCAAUUGUGAAAGCACUUAAUUCUAAUGAAUUUAAAGCAGAUUAUUGAAAAAUAGGAAUGAGAUCCUGUCUCCUAUCUUUUUUUUUUUUUCCCCUCUUGCUGAAAUUUUUAAGCUUUUUUUCCCUUGCUAUUUAAUUUUAGCUGGAAUUUUCUUUUGUAUUUUUUUUAAAAUUAAGUUUGCACUAUAAUGCCCGCCUUGUUAUGUUUAAAAUUGCUUAGCUUAGCAGAUUUGCUUAUACUGUAGAUCUCCGUGCCCAGCUCUGAUAUUUGGGCAAUUUGAAAUUUGUCACCAAAUAAUAACUCAACUUUUAUGCUGUUAUCUUGUACUGUGAUUAUAAACUACACCUGCAUUGUUCGGCAAUCAUUGACCAAAGUUUAUCUGAAUAGGCUGAUCACAUUGAAUAUUCUGAAGAAUGGUUGAAUUGUGUGUGUGCUGUUUUUUACUUCAUAUAUGUUUUUAUAUUAUAAAUGGUUGCAAUGCAUCAAAAUAUGUUAUCUUAGCUAAGUUGUUAAAGACUUUUCUGUUAGAUCAUACAGGUUUUAUUUAGAGUUUUUGGACAUAAGUUUUAAGUAUUAUUAGACCUUACUUUAAAUGAUACUUUUAAGAUAGAGAUUUUAAGUUAAUUUAUUUUAUGACUCAGUGUUUCUCAUGAUCUUUAACUUUACAGUGUGAAUAAGGAAAUUUGAUAAUCCAAAAUUAUUAUUAUUUGAAUACAUAUGUUUGAAAAUGUAUCAUUAGACUGUCUUCAAACAAAUUCAAGUUGGGGAAAGGGUGGUAAAAACAAACUUAAUUUUUUAAGGUUUUAUCUUCGUUCAUUGAAUCGAUUUUAACUAAAUUUGCUGAAAACAUUUGUUUUUUUUCUUUUCUUUUUUUUCUUUUUUUGGAAGAAACUGAGAAACACUGUAAAUUUCAUAUACAAAUUUAGUGCUUCGUUUUGAGUCAUACUGAGAAUAAUUAUGCGAUUUUCAGGUUUUACUGUCCGUAAGAAUAUCCCAAGAAAAAAGUACUUCUUACGAAAGAGGAGCAAGAAAUUGAAACGUGUAAUUAGUUAGCAGCACCAAUACUCGACAUGUUUUUCAUGUAAUUAUAUAUUUUAUUUUUGACACAUCGUUUUUUUUUUUACUUUCCUCACCUUUCCAGUUAAAUUUUAUUUUGAAAUUUUAUCAUUAUUUUGCAUAAUUUUGUAUUUUAAAAUUUUUAUUUGAAUUGCUUUCAACAGAAGUUUAAAUUUCUUAUUAAAUUAAUAAUUUCUGUAAUAAUUUGAAAUUUUAUUUAUGUUACAGAAAGUUGGUACUACAAUUAUUUUUGAAAUUUAAGUGAAUUUUAUUUUAAAAUUAGUUAGAAUCUUAAUUUCCUUAGUUGUAUUAUUUUCACUGAUUAUACUUCUGUUUCAUUUUGAUAUUCAGUUAGAUUAAUAUUCUAAUGUAUAAUUCCAUGCUUUCAGUUUCUACAUUUCUUAAUUAUUCAAUCUUGUUCUUAUAAUCUAUAAAUUCUUUUUUAAUGACAAAAGUUUAGAAUGAAACUUUCUUUUUUCUGUUCUGCAGAAUUCUUAUCUUUUCUUCUAUCAGUCCAUAUUUUAUGUGUCAAACUUUAUAUUAAGUAAUCAUUUUAUAUUUGUGAUAGAUUUUCGUCAGCAUAUUUUCUUCCCAUCAAUGCCAUUCAUACCACUGUAAAUUAAUUAGCAUUUAUGUGAUGUCUUUUAUAAAAAUUUCAUUAGUUUUCUUGUACACUGAUAUUUCCAGCUUGU